AUGAGAGAGACCGUGCCAGUGCAGGUCAUCGGCGGCUACAGCUGCAGUGUUUCUGCCCCUGCGCAGCCCCACGGCGGCGGCAGUGCUGAUGGCACGACGGUUGGGAGCCACACCAGCUCUGGUCAAGGCGCCACAGCAGAUGCCAGUCACCAGGCAGCGGAAGCGCCCUGUAAGAGAUUGCCGCCCACUGCGCUGGUCAAGGCCUACCUCCGAGAAGGAUUUGCGCGACGGGAUCGCACUCGCGCAUUGGUGCAAAUGAUGGUGGUCUUGAUUGUCCUGUGUGGGCUGUUUCUGCUAGUGUACUCGCUGGCGCCAGACUUUCUGGAGCUGCUGCUCGACCUCGGCAAGACAUUGCGGAGCGACAGACACAAUGUCGUCGUCAUUCUUGCAGUUUGUAUUAUUACCCUGUGUCUCUCUGCCAUUCCUGUGCCAGGCAGAGGCGGUUGGAAUGUGAUCGUCGGUUACAUAUACGGUUGGCCUGGUUUCGCCAUCUUGAUGACACGGCUGUGGUACCCUGUUGGCUUUUUGGGGCAGCCGGUGGGUGUGGCAGCACUGGUUUGGUCCUGA